AUGUCUGCUUCGCAAUCGAAAGGCGGCGGGUUUUUGCGCUCGAUGUCGCCGUUGCCGCUGUUGUACGGCCGCAACUCGGAUCUGCACAGCGGGAGCAGGCAAUUGAGCUCCAAAGAGAGAAAAUACGUGUCCAACAUCGACAAAGCCCUGACGGUCUUCGAUUCCGUCGAGGAGUGGGCAGACUACAUCUCGUACCUGAGCAAGUUGCAGCGGGCGUUGCAGACGAACCCGGAGCCGCAGGUCAACCAUUGGAUUCCGAGCGAGUUUGACAUUUCCAAGACACUGUCCAAAUGUCUGUCGCCCAAGCUUCCCAGCGGAGUGCAUCGAAAGGCCCUGGAGGUGUACACGCAGAUAUUUGAGAUUCUGGGCGUGGACGAGCUGGGGCUGCAUAUAAGCACGUGGCUGCCCGGGCUGCUUCCGCUGAUGUCGUACGCCAGCAUCAGCGUGAAGCCGCAAUUGAUAGAGCUGUUCAGGACGUACGUUGUGCCGCUCGAGCCGCCGAUUCUGCGGGUCAUUUUCCGCGGCAUUCUGCUGAGUCUCUUGCCAGCAUUGGACGACACGACGUCCGAGUCGUUCGACGCGGUUCUCGAGCUCAUUGACAGUUUCAAAACGCAUUUAAACAACAAUCCGCAUUUCUGGCAGUGUCUUUUCCUGUGCGUCGUGACGUCUCCCGACAAGAGGCUGGGGGCCCUGGAGUGGCUUGUGCGCCGGAUGCCGUCGUUCAAGGUCGACGGCGAGCCGGAGCCGCGCAAAGACGCCGUGUUGGGCGCCGUUGACGACGAGACCAGGGCCUGUGUCACCCCAGAGCCGGGACUGCUGAUAAAGGCGUUCGGAGAGGGCCUCGUUGACGAGAACCUGCUGGUGCAAAGAGGUUUCUUUGACCUGUUGAUCGGCAAGCUGCAGCUGCACUCGCCCGUUCUCCAGGUUCUCGUUUCCAGCGCAGACAAACAGCUGCUGGUGCUGAGAGCUACGGCGACGGUUCUGCGCAAAGACAUGUCGUUGAACAGAAGGCUCUGGAACUGGCUGCUUGGGCCGUCCAACACGGAACAAGCGCGCGCCGGCGGCAAGGCUGAGCAGCCCGCCACGGCAGAAACAAGGUCGCAAUACUUCCGCUCGUACGGGCUCGAAUAUCUGACACAGGCGAUUUUCGCGCUGCUCGACGGGUCCUCCAGCUCGCAGCCAAAGUACCAGCAGCGCAUCGAGGCGUGCAAGAUUGCGGUGGCUAUCAUGGACAAAUGGGAGAUCGGCCAGUAUAUUGUCCCCAAGAUUCUCAUUCCAAUUAUCAGAUGCACCAAAGAGACGCACGAGACGGAGCGGAUCGAGGUUUUUGACGAGCUGGUGAAAAACGCAAACGCUUUCUUCGACAGCGUCGAGACCAUCAAUAUCUGGUCCGACGUGCUACGGCUCAUCAAGGACGGGGAGAUCGACCUUGUACUAUUCAUACUCAGACACUUCCGCGUGGAAGAGGAAGACAUGGUGGUAUUGCACCUUCCGCUGGCGCUUCUGGCGUCGCUGGCCAAAUUUGACGGCAGCAAAAAAUGGAUAGAGCUGCUGAGAGCCCUGCUGGCUCUGAUACCGCAGAGAGCGUUCUUGCCAAUCGAGCACGCAGACGCGAAAUACGCGCGCAUAGAAACCGUGGACAACGACACAUUCAAGAGCGAAAUCAUUGACAAACUGGAACAGUACUACAAUCUGACCUCCGAGGAGGCCCAGCUGGACACACCGGUGGAAAAACCGUACACCACUGCCGACCUGAGCGCCAUCCUGCUCACAUUGACGACCCAUAUCACCACGGUCCAGCUGAAGUCGCGGCGGGCGGCACUAUUUUAUGAGUUCUCUGAGAUUGUCAACGAAUUGCUGGAGAAAAUCCCAAACGGGGCAAAUCAAUGGAAAGACCUGACGUUAUUGAAGGCUGUCAACGGCUACCAAUCGGGCGAGUUCAGCGAGGACUCCGUUCCAAUAGCGUUUGGCAUUUCGCUUCUGUUCAAAACGCUGGCUAAGCAGACCUCUGGCGCCCAGCUGUUGCAGAUCCUGAAAACAGUCAUGGACUUGCUCUGGAGCUGUCUGGUCCAUCCGAGCGGAAAGUACCAGGUUGAGACGGUGAAGAUGAUCUGCCAGCUGGAAAUCAGCGUCGACUCGCACUACAUCGAGGCCGCGCUGUCGUCGCUGUUUCUGGGCUCCGAUAGACUCACGCGCAUGAAAGCGUUCAGUGCUCUGUGGACGCACACUUUGGCGUUGAAUGAGACGGAAAAUAUCCUCGUUCGUCCACUGAAACUGCUGCUGGACGAUCUCAGCAGCGAAAACGAAACCAAUAAACUGAUAGUCUCUCGGUGGAUCAGGUCGACCGUCAGCACCGGAUCUAUCAAUAAGGUGUUCAAGAUUCUGUGUUCUGGGCUGCUUUCCAAAAAUAGUUUCGUCAACACGGGAAGAUUCAGCAACGAGGAAGACGAGGACUUCCCGCUUUUCCAUUACCAGCUGACCACCAUCAUCAAUCUUUUGCGCAUCGAUUCGCAUCUGGUCUCGCUGUUCAAGAGCGAGGCCUGCAUACUCAGCAACGAGGCCGAUAUCAACAUAAUGUCCAGACACCGCUGGGACGUCACCACGUACAAAUCUCUGCUCGUCACUGUCAUUUCGAGGUUUUUGUCUAUGGACGCUCCAAAGUCUAAUAAAACAGUGGUUGGUCAGUACUGCGGCUGCGUCAGGGCCUGUUUGAGUCUUUUGGAAAUGCUGAUAGACGGAACAGAGCACGAAUUUACAGAGAUCAUCACGUCUUUGACCAAAUUGUGCAAGAAAGCAAGCUUGUACGACGACUCUAUCACCACGUUCUACUUGUCCACCAUUUCGAAAUUCAUGAGACUUGCUCAUGAUUCGAAAAUUGCGCUCGAGCUGUUCGACUACGAGAAUGACGGCAUGCCUCCAAAAUUCGCACAGGUUGUUUCAGACGGAAUUCUGAAUUCGAGGUCGUCGCUGGUGCUCGCGUCCUGGAACUCUCUCAUUUUGAGCGUCACCACUUACGCCCCGGAGCUGGUUUUCAGAAGCACCUUCAACGUCACUGCCUGCAUCUGUGAGAAGCUCGACGAGUUUUUCACCAUCAAUACCCGCUUCAGCCAAACAGAGUCCGAGGGCGACUCUGACGAGGCUAUCUUGGAGCUGAUUAACGGUCUGCAGGAACUGCUUAAUGUUAGCCACAAGUACCUGUUGGCCUCGAAAUCUGGACUGCUUGCCAAUGAGUCAGCCUCAGGAAAGGAGUCCAGUUUCUUUGGCUCCGUCAUGCAGGGCGUUUUCCAGGUCGAGGCCCCCGACGAAAAGGGUGAGGAUCAUCUCAGACGGAUGGAAAGUUUGAAGGCUUUCAAGCUGGCCGUGGAGACGUGCUACCGGAUUUGGCUGUGGUCAGACGAGAACUCGAAAGUUAAGGCCAAUGCCAUCAACGUGGCCCCAUCGUCGCCACUGGUGACCAGAAUGAGUUCCACAAUAGGCCUUAACACGACCAGCACAAGACUCAUUGACGAGGAAAAGCCGUCGUUUCUGUCGUUUACAAAAACCGUCAACUACAAUGCUUCGCGUCUAAAAUACAGAACCAAGAGGAUUUUGGAAAGCAUUUUCGUGUUGGAGCCGUUGGAGACGCUGGAGACGCUGAUGAGCUCGCAGAGGACCCAGGCUAGCCGCGCCGACAGAUAUUCCACAUUCAAGGUGAUCCAUCUUUUAGAUGGAGCCAAAUCAGAAAAAGUUAUUCCGCUAGCACUCAACUCGCUGAUGUCGAGAGUGAACGUGGCGUCGUUAGAGCACUCUAAACGGUCGUCCAUGAUAAAUGAGCUAAAUGAUAAGGAUGUUUCUACGUUCUUGACCGACUAUAUGGACUCCCUGAGCAGCGAUUCGGUGGAGGAAAUAUGGACGCAACUAAUAAGUUUCCUAAAGGAUGUCCAGACGAACAUGUCGCACUAUAGGCUACUUUUAGCGGACAUCCUCAAGUUCAGCACCAUCAUUGGAGUAAAGCUGUCGCAGAUCAGUUUUGGUGAGCAGAGGAAGGUGCGCAAGGACAUGACGGACUCGUUCAUCAAGAUUCUCACGAUGGCCACCAAUGUCAAGAACGUAACGUCCGAGGACCAGUCGAUUGCCUCAAUUUUGAACCCUAUUAACAUUCUGCCUGGCACAGAUAACUACGACUCGCCUAGUUCAUCAGUUUUGAACUCCGAGUCAACUGGCAAGAUAGAAUCGGCUGUGGAAAAUCUCAAGAGUCCGUCAGUUCCAUCUAUGAAAGGGAUGUCGCCAAUCAGAGACACUCUUCCGUUGGAAAAGGAGUCAGCCAAGGAAGAGCUGUGCACUUCUAUGGUUUUCGUUGUUCCAAAAGUGUCGGUCAUCGUCCAAGACAGCGACAAGAUCGUGACUUGCUAUACAACGAUAAUCAACAACACACUGGUUCCGCUGCUUAAAAACAAAAACGCAGGUCAAGUGCCCGAGUAUGUGGUGAAUCUGAUGGAAGCUCUAUCCAACACGAACCAAUGUCUGCAGCUAAAGCUGUGGAAAAAUCUUUGUUCUGACAUUAUUAUGGACGCCAAGUUCUUCGACACUCCAAUCAGCUCGCGCUGGAACGGUAUUUUCUACAGUUGGAUUAGAGAGGAUAAGGAAAAGCUGGACGAGCUGGUCACGAGGCUGGUUCCGUACCAUGGCUCUUCCACCCUCUUCAACUGGAACGAUUCUGAGAUGUCGAACAAACGGCUGAACCUGAAACGGAUGGCCUAUUUGCUGCUUAUUUCUCCAAAGGACAGCCUAUUGAACAACGUGAGCGACUUGCAGUUUAGAGUGUCCGACAUGUUGAAGAACUCCUCGAACCAGUCGCUGAAGCCUGUCAUUUUUCUCCUUCUUCGCCUGAUUGUCUUCAAAUAUUCCGAUCCUCAUCUGAGCACGCUCUGGCCAACAGUUUACACAGAGCUGCAGUUUGUUCUACACCAGUUAUGGGUGAGACUUGAAAAUCCAGCAGAGGUGGACAGAGUCACAGAUGCUCAGCUAGAGCUGGACAACGAGCUGGUGUUGCAGGCUUGCAAACUGCUGGACGUCCUGUUGGUUUUGAAGCCUGAAGAGUUUCAGCUGACGGAAUGGCUGUUUGUCUCAGACACGAUCGACGCUGUCUAUCGCGAUUCCAGUGUUCCGGUGCUGUCUCUGGUUGACAAAAUCAGUAACCUGAGACAGAUGCGCACCAAAGAGCUCCACGACAAGAUUGAGGGUCGCGUGGACAAACUGAAAAGACCGCUGUUGGCGGGACACAGCAAGGUAGAGUCCAUAUACGACUUGCGCGAAUUCUUUGAGACGCUCUCUAUUUACAACUAUGAAAGCGAGUACGCUCUAUCGGAUGCUGAUGCGGAUGCUAUCGAGAAAGACAUAUUUAGCGAUCUCUUUGGCUAG